AUGGAAUUUUCUUUUAGACAAGCUACUUUAGACGAUUUAGAUUCAAGUUGGAAAAUACUAGAAGAUGCUAUACGUCGUAGGAAAGAUGAUGGAAGUGAUCAAUGGCAAGAUGGUUAUCCAAAUCCAUCUGUUAUAAAAGAAGACAUAGAGAAGAAAGUUGCAUAUGUGCUAACUUGCAGCAAUAAUGUUGUGGGAUAUUGUACUAUAUUAAUCAAUGAUGAACCUGCUUAUAACAACAUAGAAGGUAAAUGGCUAUCUGAAGGUGAUUAUGUUGUGUGCCAUCGCGUUGCUGUCUCUCAGGGAUAUUUGGGAAAGGGUUUAGCUCAGAAAAUUUUAAAGUCUGUCGAGGAAUAUGCUCUUUCGAGUCAGAUUUAUAGCAUUAAAGCGGACACAAAUUUUGAUAACAUUGGUAUGCUCAAGACUUUUGAAAAAUUAGACUAUCAAUACUGUGGUGAAGUUUUUCUUAGAGGAGCACCAAGAAAGGCUUUUGAAAAAUUGUUGACUAAAAGCUAG